AUGGCACCGAAACGCAGCUCCGACGAAAUGUUCAACACAAAUGACUGCGAAAUUGACCUGACCAAUAAUCGGCUUGACACCAGAUUUUUGUCUACACCCCCUCAGCCAAUGCCUAAUAUGAAAGCCCCACAGCGCACCUUUGAGGAAAUGUUCAAUGAGUGUGAAAUUGACUUCACCGAGAACCUCCCUGACACCACCACUUUCCUGGCUAUUCCCGAGCCAACAGAUAAACUAGUGGCGAUCUAUAAGAAAUUAGAUAAACUGGCUGAGAUUGUCAGAGAAGGCAAGAGCCUUGCCAUCCACACUAACUACGCAAAAGCUCCACAGAAAGAGUGCGACGCUAUCAUCGAGGCAAAUAGCAAAAUGUUCCCUGUUGAGAUCGAGCAGUUCAAUGCCUGGUACGCCGGUGCUAACAUGCCAAAUAUCGACUGGGAGAACAACCAAAAAGUCGUUAGGCUUUCUGAGGGUGAAGAGGCUCAUUUCAACCAGCAAGUUCGUGCAAUUCGAGAAAUCUACCACAACCCAAACAUCACUCGCGAGAACGCAUACUGGUUCAUGUCCAAUUUCAGAUAUAUCCGCCCUCUGAUUGAGGCAGUUGCAAUAGUACGGGUUACGCAGCAGAAGUGUCUUCAUGAGCGAGAAGGCCUCACCGAGAUGGAGUUUGCGGAAUUGGAAACUGCUCGCAGUAUAAUCAAGAUUACCAUGGACGCCUUGCAGAAAAGACAGCGCCGGGUGGAAAUAGAUGAUACCCUACGGGAGAGACAGCCGGGAUUGGAGAAGGUGACAGUCUUUGAAGCCUGUCGGGCUAUUCAUUUCCGCGCCAACAUAAUUAAUGAAAAGGCCAUGGAAUACAAGCAGGAAUUAGAAGGUAUGGGGUUUUCGAGGGCCAAGGAAUAG